CCCCUGCACAAAUGCCUAAACAAGCAUACUAAAUCUCUCUAGCAAUUAAAUGGCAGUCGAAAUUUCAAUUGCUUAGCUUUGGGAAAGUUCAAGCAAUAAUAACUAAUAAGCCCGAGUUACUUUGUGAGAUGGCCAAAUACACUUGUAUAGCCAAAACUUUGACGAUUUUGCCAAAUAUAGCCACUUUUGGGGAAAUACCAAUAAUAGCCACUUCCGUCCAAUUCUUUGACGGUGUUAACCAAAUAGCUGACUGGACUAACGACAUUGCUGAGAUGGUGGUGACAUUUUUAAACAACAUUGCCACAUAGAUUAAUGAAAAACUAAAUAAAAAAAUAAAAAUUGUCCAAACCCCACAUCCCCCCCCCCUAAACCCAACUCCGGUUUCAACCCCACAUCCCCCAAAUCAUCAUCCUCUUCCUUCCCCUUCAAAUCGAAACCCGUCAGACCACCUUCACCUUCGCAUCAUCUUCUCCAACCAGUUAACUCCCCCGAAUCGAUCUUCCCCUGUUAUGCUGCUCGCCAUCGUCUCCCACUACCGGCCACCAUCGAUCCGCCCCUAUGCCAUCGCACCCAGAUCUUCAUCGCUGUUGCAGUAUCAUCAUCGUGGAGCACCCAGGGGACGGGGACGAAUCAGGUCCAGCACCACGUGGCGGUGUUGUUCUUCGACGGGCCCGACGAUCGGGAGGCGCUGUCAGACGCUUGGAGGAUGUUGGAGCACCCAGGGAUUUUGUCACCGUCGUGAGGUUCAUCCCAGAGGAGAACGCCACCGCCGCCGGAGCAGCAGCACCAGCAGGAGGCGGUCGUCGCAGCCGUCGCGGAUCUGAAAGUCGAGAUCUGAGUGUGGAUCUGGCGGUGGAGGGAGCGGCGGGGCUGGAUUAUCGAGGUAGGAACAAGCUAGACGAGGAGAUAAUUAGGGAUUUCAAAAUGGCGAAUUCGAACGGCGAUUCGGUGUCGUAUUCGGAGAUCGUGGCGAGUAAUGGCGAGGAGACGGUGGCGGCGAUUCGGUCGAUGGAUAGAGCCAUAGAGGGCACAAUCUGUUUAUUGUGGGGAGGGGGACAAGGGAUGACUUCGCCGUUGAUAGCGGGGUUGACGGACUGGAGCGAGUGCCCUGAAUUGGGGGCGAUUGGGGAUUUGUUGGCGUCGUCGAAUUUCGCGGCGAGGACGUCGGUGCUUGUUGUGCAGCAGUAUUGUAACCUGGAGUCGAGUUCGCCUUCUCUGUCUCUGGGUUUGGGGUUGGAAUCAGUGGUGGAAGGAGAGGGAGAGGAAAGAGUUCUUCGACGGCGAGUGGUGGGAGAGGAGAGGGGAUAAAAAAAAUUAUCAUUUUUAUUUAUUUUUAAAUUAAAAAAUGACAUGGCAAGUAUUGUUGAGUUGUCAAUGAUGUGUCCGGUGAGUUGCAGCCAGGUAAGUGUUUGGUUAAUUUGACUAACGGUGUUAUUGACGCCGUCAAACUAUGUAACGGAAAUGGCUAUAUUUGUCAUCGAACUUUCAAAAUUCUGGCUAUUUCUGGUAUUUCUCCAAAAGUGGCUAUAUUUGUCACAAACGUCAAAGUUUUGACUAUCCAAGUGAAUUUGGCCUUGUGAGAUCAAUCUCAACUUCUAUGUCCAUCUACCCUAUGUUGGGUAAUUAUCAUAAAUGGUCACAAAACUAUACACUUUGUACAAAACGGUAAUAAACCUUUAAUUUUGCA